CUAAAAAGAGAUUAAUUCACCAGAGAAAUGGUCGAACCACUUUCAGAUGCGUCAAGAAGAUAGAUAUUAAGCAGGGUGACUUAAAAACAGAGAUGAUACGAACCCUAAGAGGAAAAAAUCAGUUUAAAGUCAAAAAUAUAUUAUUCUUCCUCCCCCAUCUUAAUAAAGUAUGUUGUAUGAAAAUCUAAGUAUGGAACAGGUUAAGAAAAUACCCACUCAGUAAUCUGCGUAAUACGGUAGAUAAGGGGUAAACACACAUUACUUUUUCUGUGUUUUGUUAAAUCUUAAAACUCUGUUGCUGUUUUUGUCAGUUUUUCAUUAAAUGAUUUAAAAUAGGAAGCCCCUGGUUUUGCAUAGUUACGAACAACGAAAAUACGCAUUUGUAAAACUUGCUCAUUCUUGUCAAUAUACGCCUACACAUUUUUAAAAGAUGCAAUUUAAAUUCAAAAUGAAAACAAAACUUCUAGAAAAUGAAACACUUGCUUACAGUUUCACGAAUUGCUUUAAGCGAAAUUCCAUCCAAUGCCAUAACGCAAGUCACAACGGUUAGCAAUGGUUCCACAAAAUUCCUUGCAAUAACGUGCAGCUGAAUUCAAAUUGUAAACAAUAAAUGUAGACGUUAAAGCAUGGGGGACAGUACAGUCUUUCAUGUUCCUAUAAGACAGACAGGUCUCUUAGUCCAGUCUCAGAGAAAAAUAGGAUUGUCUUCCCUCGGAGUAUCAAAUUUGUCUAGCUUUCUUUCAACUAAAGAAAACGCAAAAUAUUCUGUUUGGCAGAGCAGACGAUCUGUUGAAAAGGACAGCUCGGUUUAUGAGGGACUAAGGCAGCAGGGUAUACCUGGAAAUAUGCCGAGAAGUGAGACUGAAAAGACCGGAAGUAAGGCGGGAAGUACCGGAAGUGAGGCGGGAAGCACCGGAAGUGUAGAGAGUAAAGAGAGACGAUCGGUUCCCAAGUUUCUAAAGGAAAUGAAGAGAAACCUGAGUACUGAAAGAAGCUUUGAUAGAUCCACCUCUCUACCACCAUCAAACAAUGUUUUCGAAACUAGAACGGGAAGAAGAGAUUUAGAAAAAAUGCUGACAAGAAAACCAUUCUCAGAUAUAAAUCAGAACACUGGAACAACUGUGCAGACUAGAAGUGGGAAAUAUUUAGUUUAUAAAACAGAGAACUUGGAUAGAAACUGUCCUCUGCAUGGUUGCUCAAAAUAUAAGAUGGAUAACAAAACCCGGCGUGAAUCUACUUCAUCCAACUCAUCUUCAAACACUAGCACUCAAGUUCGAUCUAAGACUGUUCAAAUGAAAUUUGGAUUGGACAGAUUUGAUCAGAGUAGAUCUGCAGGAGUAUACCAAACCUCAGAUGAUUCUCGUAAAUCUCCUGAAGCAGACUGUUUAAAAACUCCGUCUCUUCUGAGAUCUAGUGGGGUGUCAGGCACUGCCAGAACUUCAAAGUAUUCAACAACAGGAGUUGAUUUUGAGAAGCAGCAUACUUUUAGGCCUUUACAUUCCAAGCCUGCAGAACCAAGAAGUUUUGGUCGCAGUAAAUCUGACACAACGGUUCCGGGUCCAUUUUCCCAAACAUUGAUGAACAGAUUUGAAGCCACAGCUAGCAAUGGAGGCGGAUCUGGAGCUCCGGCUAGUAAUGGAGGCAGAUCUGGAGCUCCAGCUAGUAAUGGAGGCGGAUUUGGAGCUCCAGCUAGCAAUGGAGGCAGAUUUGGAGCUCCAGCUAGCAAUGGAGGCGGAUCUGGAGCUCCAGCUAGCAAUGGAGGCGGAUAUGGAGCUCCAGCUAGUAAUGGAGGCGGAUUUGGAGCUCCAGCUAGCAAUGGAGGUGGAUCUAGAGUUCCAGGUAGCAAUGGAGGCAGAUUUGGAGCUCCAGCUAGCAAUGGAGGUGGAUCUGAUCAAACUGAGAGGAAAUCCGACUCAGUGUACUUUAAUGGAUACAGACCAUUCUCUGCAGGGUUCAAAUCUUCCAGUUCUAGGGAUGCUGAAGAGAAAUUGAACUCUGAGAAUAGUUCCAAAGAAAACUAUUUAUCUGAAAAGGAGGAGAACAAUAUAUUCGAUGAAAGAAAAUUAACUUUGUCACGAUAUCAUUCUGAAGAAGUUCUCUCUAAGAAUGUGUCCAACUUCUCCACAAGAACAACAGCAAGAAAUAUAUCCAAGGAGAACCAAGAUUGGAAGCUAGAUAAAGGAUCCAAGGAGGAUGGAGGAUGGAAAGAUGGGAAUGGAUGGAAGAAUACAAACGAAGUUUUGAAUGAUCAGAAAAUCUGUGCUGUUGAGAAAAAGAAGGAGGCUAGCUUCACUAGACAAAGAAGCUUCCCAGAUUUACGAUUGUCGGGUUCAAACAAUAUUGACAACAACAAAACAGUUUUAAGAAUAAACAAAAAUGGCGAUCAUAAAAAUGAAAGUGCAUUUGUUCGAGGACAAGGUAGGUUCUCUCUGCGAGGUAAAAAAUCAGUGAUUCGCAGUACUCAGACCGAAGAAAUGGCAGGAUUUAGUGAAGAAAUUAUCAGAAAUGAAAAUAAAAGCUUUUUGGCUCCAACCUUCUCCAGUCUUACGAGAUCAUUCAGUGGACUGAAUCUGCGGGGAAAGAAUGAGAGUUUGAGAAAGUAUAAAUCAUCAACUGAUAUUCAAACUUCAAGUAUCAUGGAAAAAUCCCAGUACAGAAAACCAAACGAUCCUCCUUUGACCUCCAAGCCUGUAAGACCUCCCAGAACACCCGCAAAUCCUCCAAGAAAAACGUCAGAACCUUCAUUUCCCUCAUUUACGCCCUCCCGACCUUCGAGAAAGAUCUCAGAGCCAAAUUUCCCGUCUUACGAUUCUGCGUCAAACACAAUGCCAUCCUGGGCAACUACAGGAAGAAAGAUAUCAUCAACAUCUUCUCUUCCACCCUUUCCAUCUUCAAACCACCUUUCCUCGUCAUCCCUUCCUCAUUCCUCCUCAGCAAACUCCCUUUUCUCUUCGUCAGUUCCUCCUCCUGGUCGCAAACCCUCGAUAAUUUCUCCUGGUGUAGAUGUGGACCCUGAGCCGGGUUCAGGUUUCAGCUCCAGAACUUCUCCGAGUACUUUAGAGGACGAGACAAAUGAUGAGCAACGCGACCUAUUCCGACCCUCCCGAGAUUGGCCCUAUUCAUCUAUCCUCAAAACUCCAGGAAAGAGGAAGUCAAGUAUGAAACAUGUCGAGUUUCUGGAUAAUCUGUCAGAAUGUGAUUACGUAGCGAGGGAGUAUUAGACAGUAUUAGCUACAGAGUACAUGAGAUUACUAAGUAACAGCCAGCAUUGGUUGUCUUCUAGUUCUACUAGUCUUAGCUUUUUAAUGCUAUUACUGUGAGAAAAGACAUUAAAUCAUUUUUUACACAUUGUUAGAAGAAUUCCCUAACAUUUGGUUCGUGAUAUCCAACAAUCGAAACCAAUUCGAAAUUUCGAAGAUUUUGAGCAAGCUCAUGAACAAAAUAAAGCCACAAGUUGUUACAUCUCUUGGUUUUUCAAACAAUUUGCUAAUUAUUUCGAAAUGCUUUCGCUAUAAAUUCGAUAUUUUUGAACUGUUAUGGCUUAGAGGCCAAUGUACGAUUCACAACGGUACCCUUCAAACCUUUGACUGUUGAUCGAAUAGAGAGAUAUUUCUGUUUAAACGGUCGACAUUUCUUGAAUUUAUAAAAGCUUUGAUCAGUCAAUGGUUUAAUGCUUCUUAUUAGAUGGAAGGCAACGAGGUUAUAAUGUAUAGAGUGAUGAUGUACGCUAAUCCUUUACUAAUCGUAUAGGCCAUCAACUAUACCGAGAGCGUACUGUAUAUUUGUUGGGACACCCUGUACAGAUUGUUAAAACUUUCAGUAUUGUUAAACUAAUUAUUAACAUAUAUAUUUAAGUUAACUAAUAUUUAUUUGAUAUUAUAUAUAUAUAUAUAUACAUAGUAACAUGAUUUUUUUGGUUUCCAUCUUUUCACCCAUUUGUAAUUUGUCAAUAAAAAAAUAUUAUUUUAAAAAGUGAGAUUUCACACGUAAACGCAAUAUAAUGAAUAAUUUCUAAACGUUUUUAAACUAAACUUUCUCAGGCUAAACUGUAUAUAUUUUCAGUAAAAGUUGUAAAUAUAUUUGUAUUUAUGUGAUUUUCUAGAUCUCGCUCUGCUCUAGUUUUAAUAAACAAUAAAG